AUGAAAAUGCUUCGUAUUGGUUAUUGUAAUUCUUCAAGACAUUUUCUAUAUGUACUAUUAACAACAAUAAUGACUUAUAAAAUGACGUCAAAGUGUUCGGAAACAUUUCUACUGAAUUAUUUUAUUUUAUCAACAUUAACUGAAAAACUAAUUAAUUUUAAGGAAAAAUUAAAUUUUAUUUUUGUUUAUUGUGCUCCAUGGCAAAUAUCAUGGGGUUCAGCAUUUCAUGCUAUUGCUCAACCAUUUUGUAUACCACAUUCAGCUAUUCUUGUCGUUCAGUGUUUAAUAUCAGCUUUAUUAAAUUCUCCAUUAAUGCCAUUAUUAGGUAGUGCUGCAUUUAUAUCAUCUUAUCCUCGUCCGAUAAAAUUUUGGGAAAAAAAUUAUAAUACAAAACGUAUUGAUAAUACAAAUGUUCAAUUACAGGCGCAAAUUAAUGAAUUUCAUUGUGGUCUUGAUGAUAAUAAUUUAAAUGCGAUUUUUUAUGAACAUUUAACACGUGUUUUACAAACAUCACUGUGUGGAGAAAUUCAACUUGGACGUCUUGGUAAAGUUAACACAGGCGAUUUUUUUAUAUUAACAAGUGACAGUUUAAAUUGUAUGAUUCAUCUUAUUGAAAUUGGUAAUGGUUUCAUAACAUUUCAACUUCGUGGUUUAGAAUUUAAAGGUACAUAUUGUCAACAACGUGAAGUUGAAGCAAUAACAGAAGAUAUAGAUAAAAAUCGUGGUUUAUGUUGUUGUGAAGCCGGUCGUUUUCCUCAUAUGCUUUCACUUAAUGCUGCAUUUACACAACGAUGGCUUGCUUGGGAAGUUAUUUGUUUAAAAUUUGUUGUGGAUGGUUAUAGCAUAAAAGAAAAUAAAUUUAAUGAAACUGUUGUUGGUUAUGAUUUACGUAAACGACUUAUAUCAUUAAUGAUUAAAGCAGUUAUUUUUUAUGCUAUUCGUUCAGGUCAACUUGUUAAUUGGCUUGAAAAUGAACAAAUUCGACAAGCAAUGAUGCAAUUUGUUGAUCCUGAUCAAGUUGAUGUGGAUCCAUCAUUUACAACUUUAUUUGAUGACGAUUUUAAAGUUGGAGCCGGUGGUGUAACCAAAAAAACGUUUACAUUUGUAUAUGGAUCAUGGAUUAAUUUAUGUAAUAAUAAAAGACAAAUACCUUUAUCAUCAUUACAAGAAGAUGAUUUAAUAACAUUUUGUUUUAUUCUUUCAUUACUUGCACGUCGAACUUUAUUUAGUUCAUUACCUUCACAUCAUACAGUUUUACUUGAAAUUUAUCAUGAAAAUUUUGUUCAUGGAUUUUAUUCAUUAUUUAAAGGUGAUUUUCGUCUUGCGCAUAAAGAUGAAUGGGCAUUUGCUGAUAUGUCCUUAUUAAAAAAUGUUGUUGCACAAGGUGUUCGAAUGUCAUUAAAACUUAAUCAAGAUUCAUUUCUUGAAAUGUCCGAAUAUCUUGACAACGAAAAAUUAUAUGAUGAUAUUGCUCAAAAUGAUGCUAAUCUUGUAAUAACUCAUGAAGCAUCACCUGAAUGGCGAAAUGCAAUUUUAUCAAAUAAACCAUCAUUAUUAGCACUAAGACGAGCACUUGUUGAAAGUAUUGAUGAAUAUCGAAUAGUUAUGCUAGAUCGACGUCAUUUAUCAUUUCGUAUUGUUAAAGUUUCUAAAGAAUGCGUACGAGGUUUUUGGGCAUCACAACAACAUGAAUUAAUAUUUUUACGUAAUCGUAAUCCUGAACGUGGUUCAAUUCAAAAUGCUAAACAAGUUCUUCGAAAUAUGAUUAAUUCAUCAUCAGAUCAACCGAUUGGUUAUCCAAUAUUUGUAUCACCUUUAAUAACAUCUUAUUCAUCAACAAGUAAACCAAUAAAUAAUAUUAUUGGUGGUGAACUUGCAUGGGAUUUAAUUAGACAAAAAUUAUCAACAUUCUUUCAACGAGCAUAUACAUUUUUUCUUUCUCAUUGUUUUGGAAAUGCAUCAGGUACAAAUGAAGCUAUUCAACUUGCUGAACGACGUACAAUGUCAUUAGGAACAACAACACAUGUUCAACAAUCAUCAUUUAGUGUACCAGUUAGUUCAACUCUAGUUGACCAAAUUCGUUCACUAUCAGUUCAACAUAAUAUGAAUACAAAUAAUAAUAAUGAAAUGAUUGUUAAUAUUAAUUCAAGUAAUAAUAACAAUAAUAAUAAUAAAAAAGUUCUUCAACCAGAUCAACAAACAUCUGUACUUGUUAAACGUACAUCAGAUAGUUUAGUUACAACAACAACAAUAAUAACAAAUGAUGAACCAAUUCGACGACGUUCAUCAUUAUCUACAGAAUUCAAUACAAGUGAUCGAAGUAAUCGAAAAAAUUUUAAUACAAUGAAUAGUAGUGUAUCAACAACAAUCUAUUCAAAUAAAGAUUUAUGUACAACUAGUAAUACUCAAAUUAAUAAAUCUAUUGUUACGUUUUCAACAAAUGGAAAUUCAAAUGAAAAAGUUCUUAUUAUUGAUACGACAGCUAUUUAUGAUUCGAUAAAUUUGGGUCGUCGAAUAGAUGUUAUUUGGCCAAAUGAACAAAUGCGAUUGAAUGGUGGGCGUAAUGUUUGGUCUGGUUGGAUGCCAAGUGUAGGCAUGACUGGUCUUGUUGUUCAUCGUUGGAUACCAAGACAUCGUGAUGCACGACAACGGUCUCAUAUUGAUAAAUGUAUAUUACUUGUUCAUAUAGAUAAAUAUGAUAAAUUUGUGCCCAUUGCCGAACAUGGUGUGCGAUUUAUUGGAGAAUCAACUUAUUUGUAG